UGUAGAUGAAGAUCUUCAGCUUCCUGAACUGACUACUGGAGGAGUUGGAGGACAUGUGAUGUUUAUCCCUAAUAAGAUACCAUCAACUGCGAUUAAUGUAAUUAUUUGGCAAUUUGGAACAACAAUUAUAUUGACUGGAAAUCCUGAUUCACCCUCUGUAACUUCAGCAUAUAGAGACAGAGUCAGUUUUGACAAAAGCACUCUCUCUCUGGAGCUAAGGAACCUAAAACUGGAGGAUUCUGGAUCAUACAGUCUGACUCUUCUUACCAGUAGUGGAGAUCAACUUAGAGGAGAAACUUUAUUACAUGUGUUCGAUUACAUACAUGAUGUCAUACUUAUUGGUCCAGAAGAAGCAUUAAUUGAGAGAGAAUCAUCUGCUAACAUCACCUCUAAAGGAAGCGGCACCAUCACCUCUGUGCAGUGGAUGAAGGAUAACAGUCCUCUGUCUUCUAGCAGCAGAAUCAUCUUCUCAUCUGAUAACAGAUCAGUGUCCAUCAGUCCAGUGGAGAGAUCAGACACUGGAGAAUAUCAGUGUACAUACAGUAACCCUGUCAGCUCUGAGACGGCAAAACUCACCCUGAUUAUCAACUAUGGACCAGAUGGUGUUUCUAUUAGGGGUCCAGAUGUGGUGGAUUUAGGGGUUCAGGUGUCUCUGUCUUGUUCUGCAAAGUCUGAACCUUCUGCUUCAUUCAGCUGGACGUUUAAUGGGUUAGACACUGGUGUGACUAGAGACACAUUGACCAUUGAUAAGACUGACUUCACAGACAGUGGGAAAUACAUCUGUACAGCUUUUAACAGAAUCACAAACAGAAGAGAAUCACAAAAACAUAUGUUACUAGUUCAAGGUAAAGAUCAUCAGUUGCCUGAGCUGAUUAAUGGAGCAGUAGGAGAAAGCGUAAAGUUAACCCCUAAUAAUCCACCAUCAACUGCGAUUGAUAUAAUCAACUGGCAAUUUGGAACAACUAUUAUAUUGACUGGAAAUCCUCAUUCCCCAGUUGUAGCCUCAGCAUAUAGAGACAGAGUCAGUUUUGACAAAAACACUCUCGCUCUGGAGCUGCGGAACCUAAAACUAGAGGAUUCUGGAUCAUACAGUCUGACUGUGGUCCCUAGUAGUGGAGAUCAAGUUAGAGGAGAAACUACACUACAGGUGUUUGCUGAACCAAAGAGUUUUAUACUUGUGGACUUUAAACGAGAACAAGGAAACAAUGGUGUUACGAUGAAACUUUUGACAGAUGAGAGCUCGACCAUGAUGGCUUCUAAUAGUUUAUACUGGAUUCUGUGGAUGGUGACAUGUUUUGGAGAGUAUUUAGGCCAAGAUCUACAGUUUCCUGGGCAGACUUAUGGGGCAAUAGGAGGAAGUGUGAUGUUCACCCCUGAAAACUUAGGAUCCAUAGGGAUUGAUGUACAAAUUACAUGGAAUUUUGGAGCAACUAAUAUACUGACAGGAAAACCAGAAUCACCCACAAUAGUCCCAGCAUACGUAGACAGGGUCAGUUUUGACCAAAACACUCUCUCUCUGGAGCUCAGGAAUCUAAAAAUGGAGGAUUCUGGAUCAUACAUACUGACUGUGACUCCUGUUAGUGGAGAUCAACUCAGAGGAGAAACUACACUACAGCUGUUUGAAAACAUAACAAAUGUGAGGCUUACUGGUCCAGAAGAAACCUUAAUCGAGGAUGAAUCAUUUGCCAACAUCACCUCUGAGGGAAGCGGCACCAUCACCUCUGUGCAGUGGAUGAAAGAUAACAGUCCUCUGUCUUCUAGCAGCAGAAUCAUCUUCUCAUCUGAUAACAGAUCAGUGUCCAUUAGUCCAGUGGAGAGAUCAGAUACUGGAGAAUAUCAGUGUACAUACAGUAACCCUGUUAGCUCUGAAACGGCAAAACUCACCCUGAUCAUCAACUAUGGGCCAGAAGGUGUUUCUAUUAAGGGUCCAGAUGAGAUGGAUUUAGGGGUUCAAGUGUUUUUGUCUUGCUUUGCAAAUUCUGAACCUUCUGCUUCAUUCAGCUGGACGCUUAAUGGGUCAGACACUGGUGUGACCACAGACAAAUACACCAUUGAUAAGACUGACUUCACAGACAGUGGAGAAUACAUCUGUACAGCCUAUAAUAGAGUCACAAACAGAAGUGAAUCAAUAGGACAUGUUUUACGCAUUCAAGUUGGAGGUGGAGGGCUGUCAACCGGAGCGGUAGUUGGCAUUGCCAUUGGUGUUUCAGUGGCAGUUUCAGGAUUUUGUGGUCUGAUUGUCUAUUUUACAAAAAACAACAUAAUUCCAAAACCAAACUGUCUGAAAAGGGAUGAAGCAAGUGGAGCCACAGCACAAAGAGGACAGGAGCUUGAUAUAAGCUUUGAAGAAACUAAUAAUUUCCCGGAUACUAAUGGAGAUGGAAACCAUAUAUAUGAAAAUCGGAAUGAAAUCUAUGAAAACGCUCCAAACAGGCCCUCCUGCUCAACGGCUCCCCCACUUCAGGCGAGGAAGUGAAAACAUGAACAGCUACUGCAUUGAAUACUCCUGCAGAUUACAUGUUCACACAGAUGUUUCUUUAAUUCAUACAGUACAUUGUUGGUAUUAAAUGUUUAUUUGUGUGUCUUUACCAUAAAACAUGUCAAAAUAAUAAUAUAAGAAUAGUUUCUUUAUUCAAAUAUUAAUUAAAGUUUAUUGUGAUUAACAGAUAAGUUGAAUGAAAUUAAAAUGUAACUUUUUAACCUG